AUGUCGACUAUUAUUCGUACUCUGCGGAACCUGAGAAGGAUUGGCCUCAAGGUGGGCUUUUCUGCGGCCGAAGCUGCUGCGCCAAAGUGCACCGCACGAUUGCUAACGAUGCCCUUUCUACAAAUAGGAAUAUGGCCACCAAAUGCAGGUGAUACCAAAGCUGGUACCCUGAUCGGUGUCGACCGCUACGGUAACAAGUUUUACGAGAACAUGGAGGAGGAGCUUCCCCUUCGGACUCGCUGGGUUGAUUACAAGCAGCAGGAAUACGACCCUUCGCAGAUUGAGCCUGGCUGGCACGCCUGGAUCUCGUACAUGGUCGACGCUCCUCCCACUCAAGACAAGCUCAUGCAAACCGGUGCUCGUACCUGGGAGUUGCGAGAGCACAGACCGACUCUGACUCUGAGCCGUGCUGCUUUCAAAACCUACUCGACUACCAAGCCCAAGUACACCGCUUGGACCCCCGUUGCUGCUUCCCGGUAA